AGAUCAGUCCUUUCCGCUGAGGCACAUUUUACAUUUGCCAUGAUGUGUCCCAACUGCUAGCAAAUGUGUCACCUCAAGCACAUCCUGUGACAGAGGGCUCCCCAAGCCCAACCAAUUGAAACUAACAAAUUAAAUUAAUUAAUAAUCCUACAAUUGAAAGCUGCCCAGAAAGACUGCCUUUCCCUUCCCCAAAUGUCAUCCCGGGAAUAUAAACAAAGCAUGAAAAAUAGUCUCUUCGGCUUCCCCAGCCAGUAAUCACGGUCUUCUCCCCAAAACAAGGUUCCUCCAAAAAGAGAAAUAUUCUGACCGCCCUCCAAAGAAACUCUCAUCUGUAUAUGUCACAUCAGGAUAACCAGUUACAGUAUCUGAAAAGAGGUUUACACUGCCCACAGAUUUGACACUCUGUUUAUAAUUGAUAGCAAAACAGUUGCGACAGCAAUGCUGUAAACUCUGCCCAUGCCAAACUCCACAUUUAACACGUUAGUGCCUUGAAAAUAAAAGUAACGCCUGACGAGCCCACAAGAGUAAAGCCCGGGGAAGUAAUUAACAGAUUUACAGCAAUUAUUUGAUAAUUUCUUUUAAUUAUCCAUUUGUCUGCUAUUUAAAAAAAUUUUUUUUAAAGACUAUCCACAAAUUCCUGAGAAACUUUUUUUUUUUAAUGAACUUACUUUUGAGACAAAACUAAUGAAAAUAUGCAACUUGCCAUCCCUCGAUCUUUCCCAUUUGGGCUGCAGGCUAUAAAUCAAUCUGAAACCAGGUGGAGAUAGGGGGGCGGGCACCUUAAAAAGCAAAGGGUGCCCCCAAAUGCAGCAGCCUGAACAGCGAGGGCUUCUCGUGACAAUGCUGAGCCAGGGCAGAAGAUCAGGAGGCAGGAAACGAGCCCCAUUUUCGUUACCUUCGAUCGCCGGCCCCCCCGCUGCUUCUCGCGGCCGCAUCGGGGGCUGCGGCGGCGCUGCACUCGCGGUGGCCCCGCCGCCGGGUCGCGCCGUCCCCCGGCCGAGCUGCCUCCGCUCGCGGCCGGAACCCCGGCUCCAGCCCCGCGCCCGCCCGGGGUCGGCGGCGCGGCUCCCACCCGGGCCCGGGCCCUGCUGGGUCCUAGCGCGCGCCGCCGCCGCCCGCGGCCGGGCUGCAGCCCGCACGUACGGCGGGCAGCUCGCGAGCACGGUGACUGCCCGGGAAAACCGAAAAAGCCGUCAGCCUCUUUCCAAACUGGACGCUGGAGGUGCAGAGGAACUGGAGCUUAAUGUCAAAUCCUGGCAGAAGAUGUCGAAAGAAAAACACUGGCUCCCACUGAACUCACGGAAGGCGGAUGUUCGUAUCUGCAGCCCCAGGGUAACGCGGCGGGCAGUAACUGGUUCCCGUAGCUUCGCCCCGUGCGCUUGUGAUAUUGUACGUUCACAGACGCUCCUAAGGAAGAGGCUAAGCUUGGCAGCAUCUUUGGAAGAUGUGGAUGACUUUCCUGGGGAACUACUUGGAAAGAUUAAUGCAAAACUCACUGGAUGAAGGGGCUGGCCCUGUGGCCGAGUGGUUAAGAUCACGCGCUCUGCUUCAGCGGCCCGGAGUUCACUGGUUCAGAUCCUGAGUGCAGACCUG